AUGGGAGUCUCGGAAAGAGAACGUGGUGAGAAGGCUGUGGGAACUGGUGUCAAAGUCGAAGCUGCGAAGAAGUCACCGUUUGGUAUCAGCACUCUGGAGACAGCGAGCACCGUUGCAGCUGAUCAGGACACAGCGACAGCAAUACAAGUGUCUGCAAAGAAACUCAAAACAACGAAGCGCAAGGGUGAUGACGACCCGGAUGGAUUGGAUACAUUGAACAAGAGCACUGUAAAGAAGCAGAAAAAAAGAGGUUGUCAGUGCUACAGUAUCGGCUGGAUCCUUGGCUUCAAGAAGUAG